AUGGGGGUCAUGGGGGUCAGGCUGGGAGAGGUGGUGCCUUCCCGCGCCCCUGCACACAGAGCUUCCUGGUGGAGGGAAGGGCUCUGCCAGGUCCCCCGCUGGCUGCCCCCCUCCCGCCUGCAGUGCGGCUCCCCCUCCCGCUCUCCCUGAUGCCUGAGAGCUGGGCAGCCUCCCUGUGGCUCCAGCAAAGCCGCGUGCACAGGGGGAGGGAGGGGUGAGCGCAGCUUAGGUGCUGGUUGUCUGGCCAAUAGCCACCACGCCUGCCCGCUCCACCUGCACACGCGCACAAACUCCCCCCGCCCCCACUCACACACAGACACACACGCACACGCACCGCACAUGCACCUCUGAGGCGCGCACAGCCCUGCCCUUCAUUGGGCAGCACCCGCCCCUCCGCAGACCUGGCUGAGGCCCCAGUGGGCUGAGCCCCGGGGAAGCCCCUGCCCAUAGCCCAGGACGGGUUCCCAUGGAAAUGGGCGCAGCCCUGCACAGGGAAGGCGGGGCCAGGCCGCAGGGGGCUGUGGGAGAGGGUCUCCCUGCUCAGAGGAGACCAGGGAAUGAAAGCAGCUCUGAUGCCCUUGGGCGGGGCCAGAAUUCAGUCCUUCUGAGCAAAAAGGAAAGUGAAAGCUGAAGUGUCCACUUGGGUAUAACACCUGUUGCACUGGGAGCAGAAAGCAGACCCUGCCCUGGUGAACAAUGGGAACAACAACUUCGCCACUGGACAAGGGUGGAAACCCUCCUCAGCUUCACGCAGGAACAAGCAGAGGCACAGAGUUGGCGCCCGGAUUACAGAACUCACAGGCCGAACUGAAACCUGGAGACCUGAUUGAGAUUUUCCGCAAAUACGACCAGCACUGGGCCGUCUACGUGGGGGAUGGCUACGUGGUGCACCUGACGUCUCCAGGUGACAUCACGGGAGCUGCGUCAGCCAACCUCAUGUCCUCCGGGUCCGGGAUGGCCAUAGUGAAGAAGGAGCGGCUGUCUGACGUGGCCGGGAAAGACAAGCACCGUGUCAAUAACAAGCAUGACCGGGAACACAAACCGCUGGAUCCCAGCGAAAUUGUGUGGCGGGCACAGGAGCUGCUGGGGCAGAAGGUAUGCUACAAACUGACCAGCGACAACUGUGAGCACUUCGUGAAUGAGCUACGCUACGGAGUCUCCUGCAGCGACCAGGUCACUGAAGCGCUCUUUGCCACCGUGAGGGCAGUCAGCAUACCAGCUGGCAUGGCAGCAGGCACAGCAAUGGGCAUACCAGCUGCUGUGGCAGGAGGCAUCAUCGGAACGGGUGUGGCCAUCAUGGACCUCCACAGCGCCCCGCAGAACUGAGGCGAGCAGCAGAAGCGAAAUUGAGGAAGGGGCAGGGAAUAGAGGGAAACAUC